AUGGAAGGAAAGCGUUGGUGCUUGAUUUUGAUAGCGUCGGUGUUAUGCAUAAGCAUGUUGAACGGCGGUGGCGUGACGGCACAAAGCGCGGCGGAGUGCAAAGAAGAGAGGAGAAUACUUGUGAACGCAUGCAAGGGCCUGAUAACACGAAAGCCCCCAACACCAUAUUGUUGUGAGAGGUUGAGGGUUACCCAUGUUAACUGUGUUUGUCCUGUAAUAACGCCUCAGCUAGCAGCUUUGAUCGAUGUCAACUAUGCUAUCAAGGUUAUUCAGGGCUGCGGAAGACAAGUCCCCCGCCAUUUCAAAUGCGGAAGUAUAACCACACCAUGA